CUCUUCUGCAAGCAUCAAAUCUCCAACCUGAGACGCCAAGAAGUGAGGAGACACCCCUUCCCAUCUCUGCUGUUUGUUUCUGUCUCCCCUGUCGAGCUUUGAAGUGGUCGAAGCUCUCGAAGCUCUCGUCUGUGAACGACGUCAUCGAGCGGGGCCCUCAGGAUUCAACUUCAACAAAGCCAUCCUGUAUUCAACCCGAACUCCUGUCCUAGGAGGAGGAUCGAAGUGAUUUUAUCUCUUCUAAAACACAGCUUCUCUAUGGUCCAUCCGUUCACUGACAGCGCCAACCUAUAGUCCGAAACCAUGACAACCUUCAUACCCGCUCUCACGCUGCCAGCGGCAGUCUUCGCCCAACCUGCAGCUUCAAUCCUGCUCCCCGUUGCGGUGGGCACGGCAGUUGGGUUCAGCUCCCGGCCGACGGAUACACAGAAGAGCUAUAUGGCACUUAAGCAGCCUCCCUUCCGCCCACCACCCCAGGCCUUUGGGCCAGUCUGGACCAUUCUUUAUGGUCUGAUGGGAUAUGCAGCCCAUCGCGCCUAUUCGACCGGCAUGCACCCACUGUCCUCGACCGAACAGCAUCUCUUGACAAAACAAGGCGCUACUCUAUACACUAUCCAACUGGGGUUGAACCUCCUCUGGAUGCCGCUCUUCUUCGUCGCCAAGCGUCCCAUUGAAGCCACUGUCGAUAUUGUUGCGUUGACCGGGGUUGCCGGCUACCUGACUUACAUCUGGGGAAAAGUUGACCCUAUCGCCGGUUGGGCCAUGGUUCCUUACCUUGGAUGGCUGGGCUUUGCGACAUAUUUGAGCGCAGGCGUCGGAUAUUUGAAUGACUGGGACACUAAGGGCAAGGAAGUCGAUUCCCCGCCUAGCACUAAGACUACCGAUACUAAAUUUGUUGAUGAGAAGUAAAAUGAUGGUCGAU